UCUCUCUCUCUCUCUUGCUGGGAAGAAUUAUUUACUCACUGAUAUGGGUCUGAAAUUUUCCAAGAAUGCUAUGAUCGACCCUUGUGUUAUCCCAGAAAAUUUUGUUUGUGGGUGUGUGUUUGUGUAGUGACUCCCUAAAUCGCCCAAUAGAAGGCUCUUGUUACCUGGUUAAUCGGAAUAGACUCACCAUCUGUUAUUAGAACACAGAAACAUACUCAUGGGGCCAACAAGUAAAGAUCUUUUGAGCUUGGAAAGGGAGAAAUCUUCCUCCUGCCUAGAGUCCACCCUUCUAGUUUGCAAAAAAGAGUCGCUUUCUAAAACCUCAAAGCCACAUCACACUAAUGAGAAACUUGCAACGACUUCAGUUCCCAAGAGCGAAGUCCUUGGAAAAGUGAAGGACUUCUUAGGAGUUAUGGAGGAAGCUAAUAAAAGACUGCGACUUGAUGCACAGGAGAAAUCUCAGAAUGACCAUGAUAUUGAAGUGCUCACUGGGAAUGAAACUGAAUUGAUUGAAAUGGAUUUGUUGUUGGGUGUUGCUGAUCUUCACACCCCAGAGGCUUUGGCUGCUGCUGAAUCUGCAAUGACAAGCUCCCAAUCAGCAUGUCUGUUGGCAGGCGGCGGUAGUGGAUCAUACUUAUCAUGCAGUGAUGAUGACAGUGACAGUGGUGAUGAUGAUGAUGACAACGACGACAAUAAAAAUGAAUCAUGCUUGUCAGACAAAUUUCAAAAGCCAAAGAUGGAUCCAGAUCAUUCCCAAGAUAACAAGAAGGCCAAAAAACGACCUAGGAUUAUUGAGCUCCAAUGAAGCAACAUCAGCUGGAAAUGUUAUACAAAAACUAGUUGAAGUACCUAUGGGUUGUGAAAUACUAUGGGUUUUAUAUAUGGAGUGAUCUAUUUAGGUGUAGAAUAGUUUACUAGUUGCUGUAUUGUUGCAUGUUUGAGUUUUAAGUAUGUUGAUAGUUUUCCUUUUUCAUUGUCUUAUAUGUCCUAUCAAAUUAAAAUUUUCUCA